AUGGAAAACAUAGAAGUUGCUCGCUUCAUGCUGCAAGAAAGAGGUUUAAAUAGAGGCAGCCACAUCACUGGAAAAUCUGUUCAUAACCAAAGAAUAGAGCGACUCUGGUGUGAUGUCAACCGGGUUAUUGUGAGCCGCUUUUUGAACAUUUUCCUCUUCCUUGAGCAGAGUGGAAUUUUAGAUCCAACAGACGAGGUGCAUCUGUUUUGUCUUCAUCUUGUCUACAUUCCACUGAUUAAUAAUGCAAUCAACCAAUUUAUCGGUCAGUGGAAUAAUCAUCCUGUAAGCACACAAUGCAAUUUCUCUCCCAAUCAGCUCUGGAUACAAGGAAUGUUAAAUUCCAGAAAUUCUGGAUAUCAGGUUGUGACAGAUGUGACUGCCAGAGAGGCUGUUAAUUUUGACCAUUAA